AGCAGCAUUUUCAGAGUUCUCUCAUCUUUAGGAUGUUUCUUUUUCAGUGAUGCGCUGCUGAUUCGCUCGGACGCAUGACGAGAUACCCUCUACAGAGCAACCGUUUUUGUCACUCCGUAUUGAUACCAGCUGACCUGAUACUGGAGUACCAUGGUGAAUAUGUUCGAAGCUGCGUGAGCAGGAGAAUGGUUUGAGGGGGAUUCUUCAGCGUUUCGAAAGUUUCAUUGAAUUUGGAUUGCACCCUGCGUUGCUGGGAGAUCAUGUACAUCACUAAAUGGAUUGAAUACCCAAGGAGAGAAAUCUGAAGCUGGACUCCGAUAAAGCUGAAAGGCUUCAGUACAGAAAUCUGAUGCUGGAACCCUUUGUAAUCCCAGUGAAUUUUUCUUUCCCGGAGUUUUCAUGUGUAUUGGAAAUUGACUGCCGAGAGUUCAGUGGCAGGUCCCGAAAUGCCAGUCCAUCUUCGUCUCGACUUUACAUUGCUCCCCAACACAAGAUUAUUGGAAAUCUUUUUGAUUGCAUGUUCGUAUUUUUUCAUAUGUACCACUAAUCAUUUUUUUCGUUGCUGAAAGAUCCAGGUUGAGUAUAAUCGAAGGAGUGACACGGUGACGUUUUGGCGGUGCGUCGGAGUUUGAGUACCUGCGGUAGGCUAUGGCGCUUGCUACUUCCUGCGCCCUGGCAACGAUUUCUCCUGGUUCUCUUGUCCUGCGCUUACCUGCAAAGGCGCGCGCCACUCAUGUCUGCCGGGCUUCUUCGAAAACGGAGACCAGGCUUGCCCGGGACGACUUACUGGGUCUGAUAGCGAACGAAGAGCGCGGAGUGAAGACUCAGAAAAACAGCAAUCAGAGGGAACAGAUUAUCAAGGCAAUCGAGGCACUAGGAGUUCUGGGCAGCGAGCAGACCACCACGAACGAUAGCUUGUCAGCUACUUGGCGGAUGCUAUGGACCACCGAGAAGGAGCAGUUAUUUAUUAUUGAGAAAAUGGCGCCCUUUUUUGGAACUCAAGCAGGAGACAUUUUGCAGGUAAUCGAUGUGUCGAGGGGAACCUUAAACAAUGUGAUCACAUUUCCACCCUCGGGCUCGUUUGUGGUGGACUCAACUAUUGAAGUGGUGGACAAGCAGCGUGUGGAUUUCAGGUUCAUAGGUGCUGCGCUGUUUGUAAAUGGGCGCAGAAUAGCAGUGCCUCCCUUCGGUCAAGGCUGGUUUGAGUCAAUCUAUCUGGAUGACGACAUUCGCGUGGCUAAGGACAUUCGCGGAGAUUAUCUAGUGGUCGACCGUGCACCUUACACAUGGACUCCACCUGCUUGAUGCGCUUCCUCACCGCCUUCCUUCAGUGUGAGUGCGUUGGCUUUGCUUACAUUUUCAAAGCCCCUACUCUCACCACUCGUUGAUUGCAGUCCCAGAUUCUUGCUCAAAGAUGAGCAUCCAUGGAUGUAGAACCUCUUUUACAUUUUGAUUCAGCCAGUUAUUUGCUUGGCACCUGCAGCCUCGUAAUUUCAACUUGGCAGUUGUUGAUAUCUGGUGUUCAUGUUCACGUGAGGUAUUGAUGCUGGGCAGAAGUUCAACCCUAGGUAAAUGAAGAGGGGCUCCAUCAUGUUCAGAAGGUGUUGACAAGUAUCAAAUCACCUACUGUAGAAGGUGCCGAAUUGUAUGCUACCAACGUUUUAAAUAGUGGUUACCAUGGAACACAUGUUUGCAAUUUGUCGGUUAUAAUAAAAUUCGAAGAGAAGAAUCCCUGGGGCUGCCCCAAUUUCCCGGAAUUGGAGAAAAAAGAUCUGAGGCAGGAUGAACAAAGUUCCCCAUAUUCUCUCCAGUGCGCAUUAAUGCA